AUGGUCCGGAAUGUUAGGAAUGUUGAGAAUGCCGCAAUUUCCAUAAUGAGUCAACGCACGAUGGAGGAACUGUGCGCGGACUUGAAGCUGCAGCUGCAGCUGAUGGAAACCCUCACCACCAAACUAUCCACAUCCUCCACGGGUCAAUCGAGUUCUGCUGGUGGCUCACAAUACAUCCAUUACAUCGCAAGCAGCAUAUCAAAAUUCCUAUAUGGUCCGCAGGCCGAAUGCGGUCACAACAGCUAA